AUGUCCUUUCACCUCAGUCCAGCUUCACUCGUUGACCAGCGUGGAUCCGACUAUCCAAACCUCGUCCUUUCGUCCUACUCUGCCCUCAGUACGCCCGCUCAGUUUCACAGCUCCUCUUUGAUAGCGAUCCCUCACAAUGCCACCGUCCCUCAGAUCUUUGUCGUCAAUCCGAUCAGCGACAACAUCUUUCGCCAUGUCAACUCCGAUAACGCACAUGCUGCUAUCAUCGGUCUCGUCUACUUCUCCAUGUGGAUGGGCGCUCUUGGCUGGGACAUUGUCUCUACCAUUCACUUUGACAUCCGUCUCAUCAAGGAAACCACAUGGUCAAGCAGCUUCUCCAGCAUCUACUCAAUAGCCUAUCUCCUCUCUCGCUAUGUCAGUCUCUCUUGGCUCAUCACCGCCGUCACCAACAGCGUCAUCAUGACCGACAAGUGCGAUGCUUGGAUGAAAGGCAGCACCGCCCUCUUCAGCAUCGCCAUCAGCGCAACCAUGCUUGUCUUCUGUCUUCGAACCUGCUCCAUCUGGCACAUGCAGCAGAAGAUCGUCUCCUUGGUCGUAUCUUCUUGGCUUCUCGUCGUAGCAUUCGCUGUCCUUCUACCCGUCAUGAGCUACGGCAAUCAGCUUCCAACCUCCAACUUUUGCGCAUGGCACUUCAACGGCCUCUAUGUCAUUGGCGUGUUUGGCGCACUCUUGCUCUUCGACCUUCUCUGCCUUGUCCUUACCCUUUGCAAGCUGAAUAAGGCCGGCUGGCGAGGUCUCCUGCGCCCCAUCUUCCCCUCCAGUCGCUUCAACCUCGACUCAGAGGACGUCAAGACCAUGCUCGUCCAGAAGACCACUGCAUUCUUUGCCAUUCAGUUCCUCUUUCUCAUCUCGGCUCUACUCAUCUACGUCUUGACCAACACGUAUGCCUACCGUCUGAUGAACAUUGUCGCAAGCCUCGCCGUUGCCAGUUCCAUGGCUGGUCGUAUCUUCCGAAGAGCUUGGCGCCAGACACGCGAGCUCGCUCCUCACAACAUCAACCGGCCCCCUUCCUACUUUCCGGCAUGGGCAGAAGAGCAUCGCGAUGCAGCUUCUCAUCUCAACAAAGACAAUCUCAGCUUCCACCCUGCAACCGAAGCUGGCGACACCACUCAAGUAAGCAUAGCGCGCGGCAGCCGCAGCAAGGAAGAUCGCGACUCGCUCGCCUUCUACGUCGAGGGCGAGUUUGGUCCCAAACUCAAGUCACGUUCCAUGUCCAGUCAGUCGCUCCGCUCUCUCCCGAGGGCACCAGUGUCACCAGGCGCCAACCAGCAGACGAGAGAGAUGGAAGCAGGGCACCUCAGCAGCAACUCCAACAACGAUACAGUCAGUAUCACUCCAAGCACCAUGAUCAUCACACGUAACAAUCUAGUCGUGCCCACUUCGACCUUGCGACACCAAGCUUCGAGCAUCUCACAUGGCGGCGCCCAUACUCGGCAGCAUGGGCCUGCUCCCGCCUACUCCCGUCCACUUGGUUCUGCCUCCUCAUCUCGGCCACGCACGGGCGAGCAAGAAAGAGCAUCUGCCUCCACCAUGGCUCGACCAAGAUCGGCUGGCGAGAUGUUCUCUCUUCGACGUGAACCACAUCUGACUGCUGGCAACAGUCAGAGCAGCCUUGGCACCGCCGAGUCGCACCCACUCUCCGUCAAUGGUUCCAUGAUCUUAUUCUCUAGCCUUGGCGAGGCCGAGCCACGUGAGAUGAGAGCUUCCGGCGACAUUGCCGAUCACGCCAUGCCGGCUCGUCAGCCCAGGUCCGACCGAGUGCAGUGGCCGGUACGAACACGGUCGGGAAGCGUCGGUUUGCCUCUCCGACAUCAAGACGUGGAAUCCGACGAUCGGCACGGAUUUGUGAUGGAAGAAAAGCGUCGCACUUUCAUCACUUCUCCUCCUUUGACUGCCGGCGUCCGACUCAGUAGCAAGGAGGUCUACGAUGUCGACUCUGUCAAAGCUGCAGCUCGACUAGGGGGCGGGCCUUCACAUGCUAGCAGAACAUCUGGACGCCCUGCAACAGCGUCAUCUGUGUUUCGCUCCAUCAGAAUUGACACUUUGCCAUCGCACGUCACAGAAGCUCAUGACGCUCGACAUCGUCGUGAGACUGUCGAUGGCCAUGCACAAGUAGAACCGCAACCCUUCGCGUUUCUGCGACAAGACCCUCACUUUGAGGACCACAGCCUUGCACGGCCCAAAACAGCACCAAGCUGGCCUUCACCCUCCAACUCACCUUCGGACUCGGCACUCUCUCCUGUCACAAGGAUGCCAAGCAACCUGAUCACUGACGCUGUGCGAGCAGGCACUGCAACAAGUCCCAGUCAUCUUGCCUUCUCCGCAGCCACUUGCACGGCUGCUGCAGGCUCGGACGAGGAUGUUUUGCUUGCUUUUCUGAACACUGUGGAGCAGGACUCGCGAGAUCGUACGCGAUCCAACGGAGUAGCGGUUCAUGAUUCGGCAGCUUCGUUUGCAGCCGUGUCGGACACAAGCGCAGAUGACGGCCGACCGCGCACAUCGCGAGGUAAUACCGCUUCGUCCAGCCAAAAUGAUGACACCGAUGAAGGGGACGAGAGUGACUUGAGCACAGUCCUCGGUCACGAUGCGGGCGGAAGAGGGCGAGCUGCAAGGUUGUCCGUUUCUGCUCGACCUCGGUCAGCCGUCUCACCUCCACGCACCAAAAAGACUGGCGAUGGACGCGCCUUAUCAGCUGCUGGCCGCUGUAAGCGAGGCGGCACCAGCGGAAGUAACGGCAGCGACGGCAGCAGCAGCGGCACUCGACCAUCUACAGCUGUGGGAGAUGCAGUGAAGCCAUUCGGUUAUGGAGUGCUUCAUUCAUCGUCGCGCAGAGGAUCUCGGUCGCGGUCACUGCGCGAGGAGGAGGCCUUGGACCAUGUAGAGACAGGCGGGGAGGAACCGGUCUUGGGAUCCGUGAUCCAGCAGCAAUACGCCAAGCUUGCUGCCCGCGCACAGAUGCCUCUUGACCCUCCCUGCUGA